UAACUUCCUGGUCCAUACGUACAAAUGUAGAUUAAGAUGAGAGUCCACCAGUCCACCAGUGCACGGGGCGGUGGUGCAGCCUUGUGGGUAAAGCGUUCUCUCGUCACGCCGGGGGCCCGAGGUCGAUUCCCCAUAUGGGCACAACGUGUGAAGCCCAUUUCUGGUGUCCCUCCCCGUGAUAUUGCUGGAAUAUUACUAAAAGCGGUGCAAAACCCAACUCACUCACUCACCAGUGCACAUAUCUGUGUUUUUGUGGAACAUUACCUGAUCAAACCAUGCAGUUAUCCGGCGUACAAGAACAAUAUGAAAUGUCAACAUUCUCUGUUGACAAGGAAGGAGUUGAGAGCGAAUAUGGCCUCGACAAGGAUGGGAAGAUAUCCGGAGUGGAGGGGCACACUGCUGUCCGUCAAGGCAACACUGUAGUCAUAGUGGAACUCACAGAAGACACACAGGACGACGAGGGUAGCACAGACACUGGCCAAGACACCUUCGCAUUAUCUAGACAGAAGACAGGUCAUAUCCAGUUCGUCAUCGGGUGUAUUUUACUUGCUACCAUCCCCCUGAUUAUAAGGGCCAUGCACAUUAACUCCUGUCCGGGUGACGCCAGACUGGGACAUUACAUGGUGGCACAAGGGCUUGCUUCAAUGACCAUCUCGAUUGUAUUUGCCAUACGGUUUUGGUGUCGCUGUGUUCGACGACCGACAUGGCUGUGUCUCCUUGCUAACACCGGACUCUGUAUCUACGAGGACCUGGAAAUGCUGAGGACCUGGAUGGCGGAGAAUCCUAACAUCACUGACGAGUUUUUCCAGAGCGAGGACUCACAUGCCUCGCAGGCCUCCCAUGUUUCAGAUGCUGAGAUGCUGUUUGGAACUCUCACCACCAGCAUCUCAAAGUCGCCAAGAUGUGACAAUGUGAACAGCCACGAAUCUGUACGCCUGACGCGGGAGUCGAGCAUCAUGGGUAGACGCGGAACAGUCAGUGUCUACAACGCCGGGAACAUCAAACUUGGUAACCUUAGACCGCCGCUGGAUGAACCCAUGACAACCAUCUUAGAUGACCGUGUAGCUAGAAUUGAGGCGUAA